AUGAGCAAGCUGAGUCUGAAAAACCCUGUGCCAGAGUCCCAGUGGGAGAGCUGUGGGACGGCUCCUGGGCUCCGGCGCUACAGGGGAGGGAGCUGUGGCCAGGACAGCCGCGUCGCGGGCCUGGUUUCCAGCGAGCUGGCGAGGGGAGAGGAGUCUUGCAACUCGAGCUCGGUUCCUGCGGACGCCUGCCGAGGCCGGCUGCGGUUGCAGCAGUGCAAUCUCAACUCAGGAGGCAAGAGCCAGUGUCUUUUACUUUGUACCUUGCAGGAAGAACCAAGGAGCAAAUCCAAGAUCUGUGCCAAUGUUUUCUGCGGAGCUGGGCGGGAGUGUACAGUGACAGAGAAGGGAGAGCCAACCUGCCUCUGCAUUGAGCAAUGCAAACCUCACAAGAGGCCUGUGUGCGGUAGCAAUGGCAAGACGUACCUGAACCACUGUGAGCUGCACCGUGAUGCCUGCCUCACUGGCUCCAAAAUCCAGGUGGAUUACGAUGGCCACUGUAAAGAGAAGAAGUCUGAGAAUCCAGCUGCAAGUCCAGUUGUCUGCUACCAGUCUGACAGGGACGAGCUUCGUCGCCGCGUCAUCCAGUGGCUGGAAGCUGAGAUUAUCCCAGAUGGCUGGUUUUCCAAGGGCAGCAACUACAGUGAAGUCCUGGACAAGUAUUUCAAGAGCUUUGACAAUGGCGAUUCUCGCUUGGACUCCACUGAAUUCCUGAAGUUUGUGGAGCAGAAUGAGACUGCUGUCAACAUCACCACCUAUGUGGACCAGGAAACCAACAAGCUGCUCAGGGGACUCUGCGUAGAUGCCCUCAUCGAGCUGUCGGAUGAAAAUGCUGACUGGAAGCUCAGCUUCAAUGAAUUUCUCAAGUGCCUCAGCCCAUCCUUCAACCCACCAGAGAAAAAGUGUGCCCUGGAAGAUGAAACCUAUGAGGAUGGAGCAGAGACCCAGGUGGAGUGCAACCGCUGCGUCUGUGCCUGUGGGAACUGGGUGUGCACUGCAAUGACAUGCGAGGGGAAGAAUGAGAAGGUGCCUGCUCAGAGACAGCGACCUGAUCAAGACUUGACUGAGGAGGAGCUGGCUAGAUACGUUCAGGAACUGCAGAAGCAUCAGGAGACGGCCGAGAAGACCAAGAGAAUGAGCACCAAGGAGAUGUAAGGGGCCUCCACACCGGAGGAGCCCAGGAGGAUGGGCCCAACCUGCCGCCCUGUCCUCCAGUGCUGAUCUCAGUAUGCACAAGUGUCUGCUACAGUUGCCCAGUCACAGAUAUUUACAUUGUAUAGCGAUGGGUUAUUUGUUUUGUAAUACACAGAGAAUGGGGCCAGGAAAGGGGAGCAGAGCCCACCUGUUCAGGGAGCUUCAUUGCUGGGGCCUUGGAAGGCUGGGAGGGACUUACAGCAGCCUCUGGGACCCUUUCCCAGAGCAGACAGCUGCUCCCUCCAAGAGCUAACAGGGAUUUCUUGUUCCCCUGGAUCUGGGGAAAGGACGGAGGUCAGUGCUGGAUGGAAAAGGGGGUCUUCAAUCGAUACAAUUGUCAGUACUGGCCUUGGCUGCAGAAAUACAGGCCCGGCAGUUUUGUGGCUUAGCACGUGUACUGCAGGGCAUCACUAGCCAAGGACCUUGCCCUGCUUACCCUCCCCUUUGGUCCGAGCUCCUCAAAGCUGGUCAGCCUGGUGUGACACCUGGAAGUUGUGGUGCCAUGCUGCUGGCAUGAGUCCAGCACGUUCCUCCUUGCUUUCCACCAGACUGUCCCCAGCAGCUCCUCCAGUACAUUGUGGGCUCCAACACAACAUGGUUCCUUUUGACCUCAUCUCACUCUUACUCUCCCUGCCCCCUCCUUAGAGGUGCUAUCAUAUUUUUUUCUUAUCACAUUCACAUGCUGACUCCCCCUUUUGUGGUUUUUUUUUUUAAUUACUUUAUUUCCUAUGGUAGUAAUUCAGCUUUUGUAUGUUUCGUAGCUCUAGAUCUUUCAAGAAAACCCAGCCUGUGGGUUUUUGUUAUUGACAGUGCUGUAAUGCCCAUGCACAGUUUGUAUCGCACUGCGCUCAGCCA